AUGGACAUUAGUAAAUUAUUCAAAAAUGUUAAUAACUUAAAUGAAUAUAUAUCGGCCUCACAAGAUGUAGAAACCAAUUACAAAAAUAUUAAAAUUCAAUUAAAUAUGUCGACAGUUCUCGCCCUAAAAAAAACAGGAUCACUCGAAAUUCAGUAUUUCAAUAAAUGUGAGGGAAAUGGCGCUGCUGUUAAAAUAUUUGGACUAUUGUUACUUUUACCAUCAUCUAAAACAUGGAGUCUUCUAGGACGAGAGUUGGUCUCACUUUUAAAGUACUGGCUUGAUGCUUUGCGCAAACACCUCAUUUUUCACAACGAUCAUUGGUGGCUGUUUUUGCAAAAACUGUUGCAGUUCAUAAAGGAAAUAAGGUUGAAAGAUAAUAAUAAAAUUAAUAAUAUACUAGUGGAGGAAACAGCUGAAUGUUUAUUGGACCUAGCUACACAUGAUCGAUCUAAUAUCUUUCAGAGUUAUAAAGUGCUCUGUUUGUUUAAUUUGUGUGCUGCCAACUCCAGCAGAGAAAUCAGAUUUGCUCUAAGGAAACACUUUGACUGUUACUUAAUCAAGCUGUCAACAUUAAUGGCUUCCUGCGGAGAUGUGGCGUACCAGUAUAGCAUUAUGGAAGCCCUGCUGCGCUGGUUGGUACCGCGUCAGGACCCCACAUUGAGGUUGGAAGCGGCCGCCAAGUGGUUUCCAGAUCACUUGUAUAGUAGAUGUGCUGUGGAUUUGUUUCUAGAGAGGGCGUGGAAGAAUUUCUUUCAGGAUGCAAGAGAUUUUCUCAACGCUCAUAACGCGUUACGUGAUCUUAUUACCUCGGUUAUCUGUAAGAAACUGACCAUUGGGAGCACCGUUGUAAUAUCAGGCUCAAAGAGAAGAGAUAAUUGGUUGGACAUUAAUUCUGAGACUAAAUGCAUAUCAAUUAUAUUGCAUCCGGAGUUGCUCGAAAUGCUAGGGAGCAGUUUAAACCCCCCUUCCUGUGAAACUCUUGUAUUAACCGAAGCUAAUACAAGUGAAGUCAAAUUGUGCAGGGAGGUGAUGGAUAUCUUUAUCUCGGUGACGACUUUAGAACCACCACAACUCAUACCAUCUUCGACUAGUAUUACGGGAAAAGGCAGUAUAGAUGUGAAGAUUGUAAUAAGUUCUAAUAGUGACAUGGUGAAGGUCGACAAAGCAUUGCGUGGGAUUUUUGCUGAUAAAUAUCAGGUACUUUUUGACAUUGAGAGUACAAUGAACCUGUCGCAAGAGAAAACUAACAGUUCAGAAAGCGAUUGUGACUCUGAAAACAAUACAAGGUUCUCGCAUCCGAAGAAGGCUCUGCGUCUAGGCAGACAUACAGGUUAUACUAAUGCCGGAAGACCUGGACCGUGGGUAUCUCCAUCCACAGCAUCAACGUCUUCAUUAGCACAUCUCCACGAAAAAUUAGCCGCAUUGCCGCGGUACAAUUACGAUAAAGAACCCGUAAGUUUAUGUGCUAGACCCCAAUUGUCCAGCGUCACUGAAGUGAGCGAAGUGGAUGAUCAUCAAAGUCAAAACAUAAGUACAAGUCGAUAUGGCAUCAGUCAGAAAAGUUUUUUUAGAGGGGAAGAAAAGAGCACAGAAAUCGACAAAGGCAAAGAACUAAAAGUUCAAAAAACCCGUUUGUCACCAGCAGCGACAAAUGAAAAAAAACCGGUUAGUUGUCUUUUAGUUGCUUCUGUUGGAUCUGCGGACGAAUCUGUUUUAAACGAUACUUUAGAACGAUUAUCAAAAAUUAAAGAUUACAAUGAUGAUAUUUUAAUAGACGUUUUGGUCCAAGAAGCUUUACAGAGUGAAAUUAUAAAUCACAGCGAAAAUAAGGCUUUAGAUACCCAAGAGGAUUUUAUAAAAGUUAAAGAAAAUAUUACAAACAAAUCUCCUAUUACCAAAAUAUCAACUACUGGUGGAAAAGUUAAAAAUUGUACAGUUAUUAGUAACUCCACUUCUGCUGAAGAGUCUAACAAUGAUAUUGUAGAGGGAACACAAUUGAGUAAUAUAAAUUUUGAAAGAAGAAAGCUCAGGAGAAAAAAUGCACAAUUGUCUAACAUAGAGACUGCCAAAGAAAUUUCAGCGAUGAAAACUGUUGAUGAGAAGACCGUUGAAGAAUUUUUUUCUCAACAUAUUACUGAAAAUCGUAAUCGUGAAUUAGUUAUAAGCCCAACGUUGGCAAAGAGAAUAAACGAGACUAGUUCUGAAAGUAGUGAACAUUUGGAUGAUUGUUGCCUUGAGGUGGAUAUGAUUACAAAUCGGCAACUAAUUCCUGAUUUAGAAAUCGUUGAGUGCUUAAAUUUUAUGAUAGACAAAAUCUGUAAUGAACUUGACAAGUGUACACAAAAUCUAAACUCAGAUUUAGAAUUAACGUGCGAAGAAAUCAGCCACAACAAGGCUGAUGCUUCAAAGACACAGAACUAUGAUCUUGGGUAUUCAAGUCCUAAAGAAAAUAACACUAAGCCAGUUGAGGGUAUUAAGUUAAAAUUCAAAGCUACAAAGAAGGCAACUCGUUUACCAAGACGAAAAAAUAAAUUAGCCGUAGAGGAACAACCUAAUCAAAUUAUAACAACUAAGAGGGAUAAAAAUGCAAUAAAUGAAUGUAACGAAAACGUCUCUGAUAAUAAAGAGUCUACAGAUAAUAAAACGGAUAAACCUCUUAUACGAAGAAAGCGUAAAUUGUAUUCCCCAAAAGACGAAAAAUGUAAUGAAAACUGGAACAGUGAUUGCGAAAAUGUUAGCAAAGCUACCUCUAUUGAAAAACUGGAUCAAUCCGAAUCUAAAAUAACAUGCUAUAAAGAAAUAGAGAAUGAGCGCAUGGAAUAUAAACAAAAAUUGCGAAACAGGAAAACCAAAAAAAUAGGUCUGUCACCAAAAACAAAGAAAAUGAAUGAUCUAUUUGAUAAAGUAAAAAAUAAUAGCGAAAACAAUGAAAAAAUUAUUUUGGUUGAUAAAAAAAAUGACGUUUCAAUUUAUAAUUUUCCUAGCGAUAGCGAAGAUAGUGACUUUAAAAUAAAUACGGUAAAGCGCAAUAGUAUAGCUGCAGACGGCAGUGUUAAUACUCCGUCGAUUAAAGAUAAAAAUAAGAAAAAGGCUAAUGUUAAGCGAAAACGAAACAACCGCUCAAAAGCGAUUAUUAAAUUUGAAAAGUCUGCGGAGCAACUUAUUGAUGAACGUAUGAGAGAUGCUGCUGUAGACGUUUUAAAUACAUCGUUAGAAAUUAGAAAAUCACUAGAAAGUAAAGUUAGUAAGGAACCUGAACCCAAAUUGGCGAUGGAACAUAAAAUGGAAGGAAUUACGGAUGAUGAAGUAAAAAUAACAGAAAAUAUUGAAGGCAACAGAGUGAAGAAAAGGCAAAAGAGAAACGAAAAGGCACUUUCGUUGAAUAAAGAAAAACAUUCAAAGAAAAUUAAAAAAACAACUUUAUUAAACGACACAACCGGUAGAACUGAAAGUCCUCUUCCCGUAUUAGUCGUAGAAAACAUGAAACCAUCCCAUGAAGAUACCGCUAAUGAUUCUUCAUUCACACCUAACAUGAUACAAAAAUUUAAAAAAAUAUACGAAGAAAGACUUGAUACAAUAGGGUGUGAAUUAAAUACAACACAAAAUUUGCUGUCUGACGUGGAUAAAAAUGAUGAUCACAAUGAGCAGAAUAGCUGUUCACAUAUGUUUAAUAUUACUGAAGGGUUAAAUCAAAUACCUAAAUGUUUAUGGCCAACAUCGAAAACAUCCCCAUUAGAAGAAAAACAGGGGCUUAUUAAGGAAACCGAAAAAAGUAGGAAAAAUAAUAAAAGCAAUAAAUUUAUUAUUCAGAAGGAGUUAAAUAAAAGAUUAAACUAUGACAGUAAUCAAAAUGAAAUGAAUUCAAGUAGUGAAAUAAUAAAUAUAUCAGGAAAUACAGAAAUAAAUUUAGAAAAAUCUAUUGAUACUGUUGGCACUUCUCCUAUAACUGCGCACGGAGGUCUUGAUUUGUGCAAAGACGAUUUACCUCCAAGUCGUGAGUUUUUGGAAACAAAUAUAGAACCUAGAAAUUUAGAAGUAGAUGAUUUAAAUCAAUCCAUAAAGGAUUUCUUUGUUAAUCUUAACAAACAAAUUACUGAAGAAUCUCACAAUAUAGAAGAUAAUCCUAAAUCAAAAUUUAGGGAAAGCUGUCUGAGUAAUUACGAAGACAAAGCUGUUGGUAAACAUACUGACACAAGAAUUUUAAUGUCUCCAUUAGUGUCUGUAACAAGGUUAUCAUCAGAAGAAAUUAUUAAAUGGCUGCCAUCACAUCCCAAUUCUGAUUCAGCGUCAAUUUCAAUAGAUCUUAGGAAUAACUUAGAACCAUGCGUUUCAAAUCAAACUGUUGAUGGAACAAAAAAUUCUAACAUUUCCAUAACAAAAUCGAAAGAAUGUACUAAAUCGACAGAAAAAAAAGAUUUCCGUAAUUCACAAAUUUCACCUAUAAAGUUAUUCGAUGAUAUUAAAGCAAUUGCAAAACAAAAUUCUAUCACGUCGGAAUCAAACGACUACAUUAAGCACAUAAGAAAUUUGUUUUAUAAUAAAAAAAAAGUUCCUUCAACCAUUGAUGGUGUACAAAACCCACCUCCAGUCCAUAAGAUAGAAUCGAGUCAAGAUUCCAAGAUGAGUACAUCCACGAAAAUCAACGCUUCAAGGGCUUCGGAAAAAGCUUCAGUCAAAAGUAAAUCUACUAAGUCAGUCGUUGAAAGUGUAGAAAAUCCACUUGAAAAUAUAAAUUACUGGUUAAGGAUACCGUCAGCAGUCCGUGAUAUAGAGUCGAGUACGUCCACGAUAAUUAACGCUUCGAGGGUUUCGGAGAAAACUCCAAUCAAAAUAAAAUCUAUUAAGACAUCUCAAGAUAGUAAAAAACGAAAAGUCGAAGUCGACGAUACUCAGAAAAUAUCGGACAGCCAUCCAAGUAUUUCCAGUGUGAACGAUUGGCUUCAAAGAACUGUUCCUACGACUAGUAGAGCUCAAUCACUUGAUUUCGCUUAUAAAGAGAACAUACUAAAUGUAAUAGAAAAAUUAGACUCAACACUUGUGGAAAUACAUCAUAAUACAAACAAGAAAUUCAUUAACUUGUUCGUGGAAGCGCAGAAACAGCUGAAUCAACUGAAAGCGCAACGCACUACUCAAUACAAGCAAGCCGCUAAGGACUUGCUCACCGACAUGGUUAAGCUGAUCGAUGUCAAAUUCUCGGAGCUGGAUAGGAGGUCGCAAGAAAUGGACGAGCAAUUUAUGGAAGAUCUGAAAGAACGCGCUCGCAAGCUUAUUCAUGAUGAUUGUAGGCAGAAGGGAGCCAUGGUGACCCUGCUGCGUGAAGACGUGCAAGCCGUGUUCGACUUUGUUAAUAAAGAUAAAACGAAAGAAACGUUGCAAAAGUAA